GGCGUUCUUUUUUAUUUCUUAUUAAACUAAAAAUAAAAUCUAAAUGAUAAUAAAUGUUUUCUGCGGCAAAUAAGUUAUAUGUUAUAAAUCAGGCAGUUUACCCAAAAAGUGAAAGAUUAGUAUAAAAAAUAGUGGCACGAACCAAAACAUUAGUGCCGCAGUAAAUCAUUGAAAACAUGGGGAAAAGGAAACAUAAGAACAUUUCUUCUAAUUUAGACAAAUCAGCGGUAAAGGGAGAAAAUAAUGAAGUCAUUUUAGAGCCAGUUAUUAGUUCCGACGAACCUCCAAUAAAGCAGACAAAAUGGACAAACAAACAGCGUGUUCUAAUCUUCUCAUCCCGUGGAAUCUCACAUCGAGCGAGACAUCUUAUGAUUGACCUAAGAACAAUGAUGCCUCAUUCCAAAGCAGAAUCCAAAAUGGACAGAAAAGACAAACUCUUUGUUAUAAAUGAGGUUUGUGAGAUGAAGAACUGUAAUAAAUGUAUAUUCUUUGAAGCCAAGAAGAAAUUAGAUUUAUAUAUGUGGGCCUCAAAUUGUCCAAGAGGACCAUCAGUAAAGUUUCUUGUAGAAAAUGUUCAUACGAUGUCUGAAUUAAAAAUGACGGGUAACUGUCUAAAGGGAUCAAGACCAUUGUUAUCUUUUGACAAGACAUUUGAGGAGGAACCCCAUUGGUCAUUGUUGAAAGAACUCUUCAUUCAGAUUUUCGGCACACCUAAUAAUCAUCCUAAAAGUCAGCCAUUUUUUGACCAUGUGUUCACAUUUUCUAUCUCUGACAACAGAAUAUGGUUUAGAAAUUAUCAAAUUCUUGAAGAGGAUGGCUCUUUAGCAGAGAUAGGCCCAAGAUUUGUUCUGAACCCAAUCAGAAUAUUUGAAGGCAGUUUUGGUGGUGCAACUUUAUAUCAAAACCCAAAAUAUGUGUCUCCUAAUAUGCAUCGACGAAUGCUUCGUAGACAGGUAGCAAGGGGAAUAAUAACAUUUAAGCAGGGUGCAAAUCCAAGAAGUGCUGUGGAAGAUUAG